AUCAGGUAAAUGCUCAACCUUCUCUCUUUCCUUUGUAAUUCUUCCACUCCACUUUUGUUUAGAAUUUCGCUUCUACAAUCAUGGUGCUUCAAGAUUCUGAAUCCAUUUCCCAUUAUUAUUGAUCGUUUAAGAUUACCCUCGUAGAGAUUAGAGUGCUUUUUGUGAGAAAGAGGAUCGUACUGGAUGGCUUUAUCUGCAAUAAAAUCAGGGGCGUUGGUUUCACUGAAAGACUUGAUGAAGCCAUCUUCUGAGUUCUUCAAGGAUGGGGCUUCGCUUAGAGUUACUGGAAAAUUAGUGGAGUAUUCUGUAGAGACGGCCAUUGCCAUAAUUGUGGAUGGAAAUGUUAACUUGAAGAUCGACACACAGCAUCUAAGAGAGCUUAGCAUUCGCAUUGGUUCCAUAUAUCAAUUUAUUGGUGAACUACUUGUUCAGUCAGAUAAUGAGGCAAUUUUGCAGGCACGUGUUGGCAGGAAUGUUGAUGGCAUUGACCUCAACCUUUAUCAUCAGUCCUUGCAGCUGUUAAGACAAUUUCAAGCUGAUCACUUGAACAAGAGAACAAAUUAGUUCACUUUUUGCCUUGAAAUGAAUUUCUCAUGUGUUUCACCGACAAAGGUAAUCUAGCUAAUUGUUAACUUUGAAAUGUCAGAAGUAUGAACAGCUCUUUCCUUUUUCCUGUUUUACUUUCUGUAAAGAAAAUCUCAGUAGGUAAACUACUUAUUUCACUAA